UUGUGCCCACUACCAAACACUCCCCUAAUAGAAACGGAAAAGAAGUUACUCGAUGCCCAUAACGCACGGCAGCGCAAAAUAGCAACCUCCACCAUUAAAUACUAUUAACACACUGUUUACUCUCACUGAAAUUAAAAAAAAUUCAACGAUUUUAUUACCUAAAAUAAAUCUUGUCCCAUUUCCGACACCGAUAUCGACGGAAUCGCCAAAUCCUCGCCGUCGUUCGCCGUUAUCUUACAUCCCGACCCGAAUCCGCAUGCCCGGUGACCCGAUUUCGCAGCUCAAGCCCUAAAGGAAGAAACUUUACUGUUUGGUAGCUCCUCCACUUUGGGCUAUAAAAUAUGAGUUUCUCUCAGUGUUUGUGCUUUAGGUACAGUGAGAUUUGCAAUUAGCUCAGCUUGAUUUUGCUCGAGCUCCCAAGCACACGUGGCGAUCUGGGUCUUCUUCACCUUCAUUCAGCUCAAGUUUCAAAAUGAAAAUGUGGUUUCAUAUGAGAAUUGAGCUAUUUCCGAGUUUGUGCACAUUAGGUUGGUCAUAGAUUUUGUUUGAAGAUCUUUGGUUUUAAAGUUAUCUCUAUUCCUACAUGGAAUUUAACAUAGAGGAGGCUCUUAUAGCAAAAGAGAUCGCUGAGAAGCGAUUUGCUGAGAGAGACUAUGCUGGUGCUAAGCAUUAUGCACUAAAGGCUAAAUCACUGUACCCUGGACUGGAGGGCAUAUCUCAAAUGCUGGCCACAUUUGAUGUUUAUGUUGCUUCCGAGGCAAGAUUUUAUGGUGAAAUAGAUCAUUAUUCAAUUCUUGGACUGAAACCUUCUGCAAAUAAAGAUGCAGUGAAGAAGCAAUACAGAAAGAUGGCUGUGUUACUCCAUCCUGAUAAGAACAAAAGUGUGGGAGCUGAUGGGGCUUUCAAACUUGUUUCCGAAGCAUGGACUUUGUUGUCUGACACUACCAAGAGAAGCUUUUAUGAUCGUCAGAGAAACAAACAAUCAACAACCACAGUUAAUCAGCCUAAUUUAUCUUCAGUUCAUGCUGGUGGGGUUCCGGGUUUCAACAAUUGUUCCAAUUCGUCGGCAUCUCAUGGUAGACUUGACACUUUCUGGACUGUCUGCACUUCUUGCAAGGUUCAGUAUGAGUAUCUCCGGAAGUAUGUGAACAAACGACUUUCAUGUAAAAAUUGCCGAGGCAUUUUCAUUGCUGUAGAAAGUGGGGCAGCCCCAGCUAAUGGUUCUUUUCCUUAUCCUCCUCCUUGGUCAUAUGUGCCUAGUAAUGGGUAUGGGAAUCAUGGAUUUGAUGGGGCUACGUAUGUUCCAAGCAAUGGUACCUUUUUCCCGGGUAACGGUGUCUCAGGUUUUCAUUCUGGACACGGGUAUGAAUAUAUUCCAAAUAUGUCGUUUCAGUGGAGCUCAUAUCCUGGAACCUCUACUGGUGUUGUGGGUCCUCACGGAUCAUCAGGUAUAUCCCCUGAUGCUGUUUAUCAGGCAAAUGGAAAUGUUAAUAAAGCUGGAGCGAAGGUUAAAUCAAGAGCGAAUGGAAAACGUUCCACUACAACUGCUGUGGCUAAUGUGAAUUCGAAUAUGCCUCCUAGAUGUAAUGAGCUGCCUGAAUUUAAGAACGAUGGACUGGAUAAGAAAAGGAAAGUUACUGUGGGAGCAAAUUUUAGAAAUGGGCAUGAGGAAAGAGUAUCAAAAUCUGCUUCAGAAGCAAAAUUAGCAAAUGGAAAUGGGACUCUAGGAAAUGAUCAGAAAAUUCCUAGUUCAGGGGAACUUCUUGCUAGACGUUGUUCAGUGGCACCAGCAUUUGAUGCUAAAAAGCUGUUGAUUGAGAAGGCAAGAACAGAGAUUUUGAAGAAAUUAAAUGAGAUAAAUUUGGCUUCAGAAGCGGCUGCUGCCAUAAAGAACACAAAAAGACAGGUUGAAGUGCGUCAAUCCGAAGUAACUCGAGGACAUCAAUUAGAGACAAAGAAUGCUGAGCCUCUCUCCAUAACUGUUCCUGAUCCCGACUUCCAUGACUUUGACAAAGAUAGGUCGGAGGAAUGUUUCAAGCCAAAGCAAAUAUGGGCUUUAUAUGAUGAAGAAGAUGGUAUGCCUCGCUUGUACUGUCUGAUACGUGAAGUGGUCUCAGUCAAACCAUUCAAGAUACUCAUCACUUACUUGAACUCUAAAACUGACAGUGAAUUUGGGUCAGUGAACUGGCUGGAUUGUGGGUUUACCAAAUCCUGUGGAAAUUUCAGGGCACGGAAUCUUGAUGUAAUUGAGCAAGUUAAUAUUUUCUCUCAUGUUUUGAGCCGGGAGAAAGCAGGUAGAGGAGGAUGUGUUCGGAUAUACCCGAAACGUGGAGACAUUUGGGCUAUGUAUCGCAACUGGUCGAGAGAUUGGGACAGAUCAACUCCAGAUGAAGUGAGGCACCAGUAUGUAAUGGUGGAGGUUCUUGAUGAUUACUCCGAAGAGCUUGGUGUUUGCGUGUCGCCCCUUGUCAAACUGGAUGGAUUCAAGACAGUAUAUCAAAGUAAUACAGACAGCAGUGCCGUUCAAUUGAUUCCGAGAAGAGAGAUGCUACGCUUUUCGCACCAGGUGCCGUCAUGGUUACUCAAGGGUGAAGAAAGUAACCUGCCAGGUAAGUGUUGGGAUCUGGAUCCUGCUGCAACUCCGGACGAGCUGCUUCAUGCUUCUGUGGAAGCCAGGGCUUAAGCAUAACAUACUAAAAAGCAGAGAAGGAUAGGCACGGGAAGCAAGAUUUGCUUGGGAGUUCAUUUUAGCAUUGUUUAGGCAAUUGUAGGUUUUAACUGUACAAAUAUGUCACACCUGGCUAGAGGCCAACGUAACAUAAACCCCGUAUGAUUCUAGGGGGAGCUUAUGUUUACCCAGUAAAACUUGUGACAAAAAUUUCAAUUCCAGUGACUGCUUGUUUA